UAUAACGCUGCGUUUUGUUUCCACGUCUCUCUCUCUCUCUCUCCCAAGUCUCAACUCUCAAGCAAGAUUCAAGAUCCUUCUCGUUGAUAAGAAUGGGUGUGAUCUCUCCAGUUGAGACUCUGUUCUUAAAGUCUCAACAUCGUCUUCUUCUUCUUCAACCUCGAGACUAUUCUCACCCAUUGGUUUUGCACAACACUCGACGACAUUUUGCUAAUUUCCCACGUAACAACAGCUUCUCAUCCUCUUCUCUAGGAUCAUGCUCUGUAGAUUUUCCAGUACGAAGUAACCCGAUUUCACAAAGAUGCAAAGAUGGCAAUUCAAGUUAUCCUUGGAGGAGAUAUGUUUCGGAAUCUGACACAAACGAGAUGUACCAUAAGAAGGUUUCUAUCAUGGAAACAUUAAAACAAGCCAACUCUUUUAUUCCUCAUGCAAUUCUCUCAAGUACAAUCUUAGCUCUUCUUUAUCCACCUUCUUUCACAUGGUUCAAGCCAAGGUACUUUGUCCCUGGCUUAGGGUUCAUGAUGUUUGCUGUUGGAAUCAACUCGAACGAAAGAGACUUCCUCGAAGCACUUAAAAGACCAGACGCUAUUUUCGCCGGUUACAUCGGACAGUACUUGAUAAAACCUCUCUUAGGUUACCUUUUCGGCGUAAUUUCUGUCUCUCUUUUUAACCUACCUACUUCUAUAGGAGCUGGAAUCAUGUUGGUCUCAUGUGUCAGUGGAGCUCAGCUUUCGAAUUACACAACUUUCUUGACUGAUCCUUCACUCGCUCCGCUUAGCAUCGUCAUGACAUCUGUCUCAACCGCUACCGCAGCCCUCGUUACACCCAUGCUUUCACUCUUACUCAUUGGUAAAAAGCUUCCCGUUGAUGUGGUUGGCAUGAUCUCUAGCAUUCUUCAGGUUGUUGUUACACCUAUUGCAGCAGGACUACUUCUAAACCGGUUAUUUCCAAGGUUGUCUAAUGCAAUCAAACCCUUUCUCCCGGCGUUAACAGUUAUCGAUAUGGGUUGUUGCAUAGGAGCACCACUAGCUUUGAACAUAGACUCAAUCUUGUCUCCGUUUGGUGCAACCAUUUUGUUCCUCGUCAUAACGUUUCAUCUCUUGGCUUUCGUUGCUGGUUACUUUUUCACUGGUUUCUUCUUUAGCAAGGCACCUGAUGUAAAAGCUCUACAAAGAACGAUUUCAUACGAAACAGGAAUGCAAAGUAGUCUUCUCGCUCUGGCCCUCGCGACAAAGUUUUUUCAAGAUCCUCUCGUUGGAGUUCCUCCAGCUAUCUCUACGGUAGUUAUGUCUCUAAUGGGUGUCUCGCUUGUUACCAUAUGGAAAAACAGAAAGGAGUAGUGACACGAUCUAGUGUUUCUGUAAUGACUCUAGUUAUGGUUUCUUCUUAUAAAGGAACCAAGACUUUACUUAUAAAAGAUUUAAAAUGGUUUCAAUUG